AUGCUACAGAUGCAUGGCGGACAACCUGAUCAUGGCACCGAAAAUCACACGGGAGACGACCAUCAACGCGGACGGGAAAAGCUGGCGACGUCGCUCUCCCUGCCCAAGAACCGUAGCACCGGCAACCUGGUUUCCGCGAGCGAGUCGUCACCGAAGCAAGAUCGUAGUAGAGUCCGAAUGUCGCUGGAUGCGUCUGCGGCGGCGGCGGUUGCCGCUGACCUUGAAGCCAUCACCAGGUGCGUCGAGUGGAAUCAUGUGUCGCUCAGCCCGGGUGUGGCGGCCAAACCCAGCACGUUUUCCGCUGACCACCAUGUCAACCCCAGGUCCCCCAUCAUGACGGAUCAUGAGCAUGGCCUAGGCCUUUCUGGCCUCCGCCGCAUAAGACAACAACGUCCUCCGUCCCGGAACCCAACACUACCGGGAUCCCGAGCCUCGUCUCGAAGCCCUUCCGUAGCCACUCUGUCUCGCUCCACCUCGAUGAGUGCCAUGGUCUCUAGCACCGGCAACCUGCCGCUGGCCGGUGGUCCGGCAUCUCCUAGCUUCUCUGAGGAUCUCUCACGCUUUCCUUCCGAGUCUCUGCACUCGUUCUCUUUUGCCAAUCAGUCCGAAGACUUCUUGCACAACCGGCACAAUGUCUUGAAGCGGUCUAUCGAGUUCAUGAAGGACCAUAGUCUUCCCAUGAACUCGUCACAGGCGGCUCUUGCAAGUGCUCAAGCCAGGGCCAGUGGUGAUGUUGAGACUCAAAACAUGCUUGACCUGCUCGCCCAAGCACAGCUGAUUAGAGCUGGAAAUCUUCCAAACCCUGAUGAAUUCUAUCAACCAGCCCCAUUGACGGGCCCUGCUGGAGCCUCGGAAGACAACGUUUUCGACAAGAACUUUAACCCUCGAGUAUCGAGCACUGAUUUGACGCAGCCUCGACAAACGUCUCCUGCGCCGAUGACUCGCCGAUCACGAACUGAGACGGCGAGAAAGGCUAAUGUUGUUGAGCCGACAGAGGUUGAUCGUGUCCCAGAGUCAACAACAACAAUUAAACCUCCGACGGGUGAGGAAGAAAUUCUUGCCGCUGUCGACAAACCUGCACCUGCACCUUCACGACCCACGAACCUGAAGCGAACCAUGACAGACAUAAUGUCAGUGUCUGUUCAAGACAAGUUGAUAGACACUAUGGCUCAGCCAUUCUUGACCGGCCAGCCCAUGUAUCAAGAGCCAUUGGCAUCGCCGUCUUUGGGGCCGCUGCCUAGCUCCUCAACAUCCAACUUUCCUACUCAGCUCGGUCCCUCAGUUCAUGGACACACAAACCGAUGGGUUCCGGCCGCCCAAGCAAUCUUUACGACGGAAGUGAAGCCUCCGUGGACAAUUAUUGCGGCAAACGACCUGGCUUGCUUGGUGUUUGGCGUGACGAAAGCCGAAGUGCGCAAGAUGGGCAUUCUGGAAGUGGUUCAGGAAGAGAGACGGGCGUGGUUGGAGCGCAAACUUCUCAAGAAGACAGAGGACGAAUUCUCCGAUGCCAAAGUGUCAUCGGGACAAGCAACACCGGCAGCCUCGGCAGCUUCAGCACUACUCAAUGGCCGAUCUGGUAUUACAGCUCAGCUCUUGAGCAAACCAAACUCAAGAACCCAGCCCCGGAGCUACGCCGCGAGACGCGCACAAACGGUCCACAGUGGUGACCCAAGUCCUCCAAAGACCCGUGGUGGAGGACACCAUCGAAACACAUUAUCGAGGGGAGUACUCCUCUGCGGUGACGUUGUGCCGAUCCAGAAGCGCAAUGGCGCAACAGGCUCUGCUAGCCUUUGGGUCAAGGAGAAGCGAGUAGGCCUCAUCUGGGUUCUGGAAGAGAUCCACGAAGACGUAGCCCACAUUUCUCUAGAUGAAGAUGGCAUCGUCCAAGAGGUGACAGGAUCCACGUUACCAAUCUGGGGUUUCGAGUCGAUUACUCCAGGGUUCGAUAUCGCCAGACUAAUCCCACGAAUCCCCAGGCAGGGCAUCGAUCCCAAUACUGGAGAGAUUGAUUUCGCCCAGGCCACACGGCGAAGAUUCUUCACAUGCCCUUACUCGCCCAACGUCAACAUUCCUUGCACUGUUGAGCAAGUCAGGGGCAAGCUACAGCUCCGUGUCUCGACGUUCCCUCACAUGGCUGGAAUCGUGGUGGUCGAGCCAGAGGGUCUCAAGAUUCGAAGCUCCAACUCGGUCUUUUGUGGUGCGCUUUUUGGGUUCGAAAAGGCGGAUGGCAAGUCCAUCAACACCAUCAUCCCAGAUUUCGACAAGAUCCUGGACUCGUUGAUAGAAGAAGACGGCCUUCAGCUGCUCGAUGGUAUGGUUGUUCCUGAGCACCGGUUCAGAAAGGCAUCCGCGUUUCUCGCCCUUAAGGAGCAUCGCCCUGAUGCCGCCUCCGCUUUCCUUCAUCCUGCCGGAUUACGCGCAAAGCACCGCGACGGAUCAGACCUGAAGGUUGACGUUCAAAUGCGCGUAGUCAAGAGUGAAAAGAAGACGCUCGUGGUCAACGAGACGGUGGUCGAAGGCAGUGAUGAGGAUAACGCCAACCCGAGCAGUGGCGACGAGACGUUCGAAGUGACCCGUUCAGAAAUUGUGUAUGCCCUGUGGAUUACCUACUCCCGCCAUCUCCAUGGCACCCAGCCGAACCUCAACAACCUCGAGUCCCCUAUCCGGUCCGGAGCUGCAACGCCCCUUCACCAGCCAUCUCCUGGUCAGACCCCGGCCCAUACUCCCCUAGAGAUCACCUCGGACGACGAGGCGCCCAGGAAGGACCUGCUUGUUGCGGCAACCUCGCUCUCUAAGCAAUUAAAGGACCUCACUCUCAGUGCCGCUGCCAAGAUCACCGGCCAGCAAAAGCCUGCUCCCCAAGUUGAUGAACCACCCCCGCCCCCCAAGGUCGUUGAACCCCCUCAUAAGAAGACCAUCAACGACUAUGUGAUUCUCGAGGACAUGGGCCAGGGUGCGUACGGCCAAGUGAAGCUAGCCCGAAAUAAGCAGUCAGGUAAGAAGAUUGUGCUCAAGUAUGUCACCAAGCGGCGUAUCCUCGUCGACACGUGGACCAGGGAUCGCAAGCUGGGAACUGUGCCUCUGGAGAUUCAUGUCCUCGAGUACCUCCGCAGACCCGAGUUCCAGCAUCCCAAUAUCAUCGAGAUGCAGGGCUUCUUCGAGGACGACAUAAACUACUACAUCGAGAUGACCCCCCACGGUCUGCCCGGCAUGGACCUGUUUGACUACAUUGAGCUGCGAACCAACAUGGAGGAGUCCGAGUGCCGCAGCAUCUUCGUGCAAGUAGCCAAUGCCAUACAUCACCUGCACACCAAGGCUCGGGUGGUGCACCGCGAUAUCAAGGAUGAGAACGUGAUCCUCGAUGGGGAAGGCAACAUCAAGCUCAUUGAUUUCGGAAGUGCUGCAUACAUCAAGAGCGGUCCUUUUGAUGUCUUUGUAGGAACGAUUGAUUAUGCUGCUCCUGAAGUUCUUGCUGGCAAGCCAUAUCGUGGUACAGAGCAAGACGUCUGGGCACUUGGCAUCCUUCUGUAUACCAUCAUCUACAAGGAGAAUCCCUUCUACAGCAUCGACGAGAUCAUGGAUCGCGACCUGCGUAUCCCCUUUACCAUGAGUGAGGAGAGCAUCGACCUGAUCCGCGGCAUGCUGAACCGCGACGUCGCGGGCCGCUUCGACAUCAACCAGGUCCUGGAUCACCCCUGGUGCCAGGUUGACGCCGCCUCAUGA